UCCUGUGGUCCACUGUGUCCGCCAAUCAGAAGGUGUGAACUUGCUUGUUACCGAAGGGGAGGGCUGAAUGUGUGCCCACUGAUGCAUUGCCCUCCUAAGUAGGAUGCUUUUUGCCGUACAGUUUAAUCAUGGCUUAAGCGUAACUUUGAACAUUAGUUUUACACCAGUAGUGAAAACGAACAGCGAAAGGUUCGACAUAUGAAUUCGAGUAUACAAGUCGGUAGAACGUACAAUAUCGGCCACCAAAAAAAGUCAUUAAUGGGUAACGAUAUGUGUCAGUAUCGAGGAAAGGUGAAAUCAAUGUCAUGGUAAAUAGCGUAUUAAUGGUUAUAUUUUUAUAUUCGCGUGUACCUGGUUCGUGUCUAUUGGCUAAUCUACGACAUUGACGUCUAAGUGCAGCAAACCUUCCCCUGCCGCGAACAUGCAUUUCACCAAAACGAAAAGAACAUACGGACACAAACAUAGAAAUCCUGGGGACAUAAAUCUGCUGCUGUCAGCUCUCAGCCGACCGCCGACUUACUAACGCCGAAGACGGAGAGACACUCAGCCGAUGCCCAGCCAUGGGGAGUGACCCCUCCGGCUCGGUACACGUGGCAAGCGGCAGCCGCGAGACGCGGGGCUGUGGGCGCGGAGCAUUGUGGGACGGAGGCGGCCUUUCCAGCGUAGACAGUCCGAGCUCCGGAGACUAAAUACUGGUACUGGGGCGGGGGUGAAGAGUCCAGAGAGACGCCGCACGGGGUGGAAGCGUGACGCCGACUGCAAGCGAUGGGGCAGGACGUUUUAAUGAGCGCCGCCGAAGACGUGGCCGACCAGUUCCUGCGUGUGACGAAGCAGUACCUGCCCCACCUGGCACGCCUCUGCCUUAUCAGUACCUUCCUUGAAGAUGGCAUCCGCAUGUGGUUCCAGUGGAACGAGCAGAGAGACUACAUCGAGAGCACCUGGAACUGCGGCUACUUCCUGGCUACGUGCUUCGUGCUCCUGAACCUCUUGGGCCAGCUAGGUGGCUGCGUCCUGGUUCUCAGUAGGAAUUUUGUACAGUAUGCCUGCUUUGGGCUGUUUGGGAUCAUAGCUCUACAGACUGUUGCCUACAGCAUUUUAUGGGAUCUUAAAUUCUUGAUGAGGAACCUGGCCCUUGGUGGUGGGCUUCUACUGCUGCUUGCGGAGUCGCGCUCGGAGGGCAAGAGCAUGUUUGCGGGAGUGCCCUCCAUGGGCGAGAGCUCCCCCAAGCAGUACAUGCAGCUGGGGGGCCGUGUUCUCCUAGUGCUCAUGUUCAUGACCUUGCUGCACUUAGACGCCAGCUUCUUCUCCAUCCUACAGAACAUGGUGGGUACAGCCCUGAUUAUCCUGGUGGCCAUCGGCUUCAAGACCAAGUUGGCCGCCCUCACGCUGGUGGUGUGGCUCUUCGCCAUCAACGUCUACUUCAACGCCUUCUGGACGGUGCCGGCCUACAGGCCCAUGCACGACUUCCUCAAAUACGACUUCUUCCAGACCACCUCCGUCAUCGGGGGCCUGCUGCUGGUGGUGGCACUGGGACCAGGUGGCGUGUCCAUGGACGAGAAGAAGAAAGAGUGGUGAGCCAAAUCCACACCUGCCUUCCUGGGGACAACAGAACCUCUGCGUUCCAUGAAGACUCCUCCGGCAUCGUUUGACCAGCUACUGUCUUUUUUUUUUUUUUUUUUUAUAAUAGUUUCAAGGUUUUCUUUAUGCCUAAUUUUUAUUUGGUUUUAUUAGAUAAGAUUGUCACAGCUUAUAUAUUUUUUUUAUACAUUGAAUUUGUGUGCAAUUGUAUAUAAUAUAUAUAUAUAUAUAUACCUAUACAUAUUUAUAUACAUAUACACACACUUGCACAAACCCUAUGAGAUGCCAAGAAUGACUUGUGUAUCAGAACUAAGACUGAAGUUCUUAGUUCACAUCUCCAGGAGUCAAUACUGAUGAUGAUGCCCUCUACAGGAUGCAGUGGGUGAAGCAACUAUAGACAUUGAGUAUACAUUUCUGCAGUAGUCGGUAGAAACUUUCAGAGUUUCUGUAGAGGGAAGGUAUACUUCUCUCUAUACUCCUUCCUAUAUGUACCUGUUCUGCUGUUCAUGUAAAUCCUCUUUAAAAUGAAGAACAUUUGUUCUUGUGUGGUUGACAGGAGGAUAGAAGGGUAGCUGAUAAUAAUGUUGGAAUGUCUCUAAUCACAAGGUACAUCUUUGCCCCGUGUGUGACAGAGAUGUUCUCUGCUGCAAGGCAAUGGGUCGUCCACCCCACGAUGUGUCGAUUACUCCUAUUCCCUCGUAGUCUCGGCUCAUUCUCAAAGCUCCGCCCCCGUUUCCAUAGUACCAGGCAACGGAGGGGGGCGGGCUAUGUGUACUUCACUCGUCAUACUUAAAUGGAGUUUAAUCAAAACUUGAUUGGCUUAUGAGAAUGUGAUUUUUUUUUUUUUUUUUUUUGCCAGUUACAGAUGUAGCUUCUUGUCGGUUCAGUAUAUAAUCUUUCAAGAAUUAUACUGUCCUUUGUGGUUUUUUUUUUUUUUUUAAUUUACAGUGUUUGAAAUCAUUUACCGUCUACAGUAUCAUGCAGAACAGGAGAGGUAGUAUGUGGUCUUCUGAAUUUUGUGUUUCCCAGUGUUUUUGCUCUGUAUAACAGUUUAGAUAAGAAAAAACCUAAGUGUAUAGAUUUUUUCAGAAGCUUAUUUUUUUGCAAAUGAGGAAAAAAAUCAAAAUAAAAAUGGCAAACCAG